CCGGCGCUGCGCGCAGGAGCGUGAUGUGACGUGGAAAAGCAAAUYAACUGAAAGAAAACGCUGGUCCAGGGCUAGACUAGUCCAAAGGGUUUUGCAAUGCCUGUGACCUAGGAAARGAACCUCUGCGCCCAGCUAAUUCCAUGUGGAUCAGGUGUGGGCAAACACAGGCAUUUCUUGAUAUGUCACUUGGAGAAACUUCGUGCCAGCUGCAGGUGGUCAGACCACAUCCAUCCUGAAUAAAACCUUGAGGAAAAAAAGGCUAAUCCAUUAACAUUUUCAAACCAAUAUGAACUUGCAGCGCGAGUCUAGACUGGGCUGGCACUUGCCCUCUGGUGUACAGAGCCCCAAAGCCAUGAUUUUAGCCUCAUUUUCAGUCCUUUUGUCUAAUUUUCUCAAUCCUUGUUCCUAAAAGAUACCUUGCAUCUCAUGAAGCUGCUCAACAGGGGUUUUAUUCAGGUAGUUUGGUCUGCCCACACACAAGAAWUUUCAGGAUGGAGAUCCAAACUUCACCUGUUGUCCUGAUUGUUGUCCUGGUGAGAACCAGCAGGAGGCUAGCCAUGUCUUCAAAUUCAUCUACACUUUUAAAUGAAGAAAACCCUAAAGGACUAAAGCAAAAUACUAAACGUUUGGAAAGUCCCGAAUUACAGACUCCAUCAAGAGUUUUUGAAGAUAACCCACUUCAACAAUUACAGCUAGCAUCGCAGGAAGUACUUGAAAAGGCAAAAAAGAGUGGAAGAUCCAAGUGUCCACGAUGCAGCAGUUCCAGGAUGUUUUACUGUUACACAUGCUUUGUUCCUGUUGAAACUGUCCCUACCAAAGAAAUUCCAGUUGUGAAGUUACCUUUGAAGAUUGAUAUUAUUAAACACCCAAAUGAAACUGAUGGCAAAAGCACUGCUGUGCAUGCUAAGCUCCUGGCACCUGAUGAUGUUACAAUUUAUAAAUAUCCCUGCAUUCCAGAGUACAAAGAAAAAAGGCAUGAAACAGCACUUAUCUUUCCUGGGCCCAAUUCCAUUUCAGUGAAAGAUAUUGCUCUCCAUCUACAAAAAUAUGCUAAGAAAAGUGUUUGUGAUAAUGAUGACGACUGUUCCAGAGAGCCAUUUCCUAAGCAAGCCAAAAUAGAACCUGAAGAAGAAAAACAGUUAAAGGAAUGCAUCUCAAGCAAUAAGAGUGAAAGCACAAAACUGAAGAAAAUAGUAUUUAUUGACAGUACCUGGAAUCAAACUAACAAAAUAAUAACUGAUGAACGACUUCAAGGGCUGCUACAAAUUGAGUUGAAAACAAGAAAAACUUGCUUUUGGCGUCAUCAGAAGGGAAAACCAGACACUUACCUUUCCACAAUAGAAGCAAUUUAUUAUUUUCUUGUGGAUUAUCAUCAGGAGAUUUUGAAAGAGAACUACAAAGGACAAUAUGAUAAUAUGCUUUUUUUCUUUUCAUUUAUGUACACAUUGAUCAAAAAUGCUAAGUGUUGCAAAGAAUAAAUCAAGGUGACAAUCCAUAGGUGAGUAACAUGAUAUUUUGUUUCUUUUGUAAUGAUAAACUACACAAAUGUGACUAAUUUUUAUCUAUUCGCAAUCUGGAAACAGAUUGUAUUCUCAAUAAUCCUUACAAUAUUGCUCCAAGUGAAAACCGAAGACCUUAUGUGUUGCACACAUAAGGCUGUGGAACUACUCAGAUGAGUAAAACCUGAAAAAUGAAUUUUAAACCAGCUUUGCUUUGCUAAAUAUGCAGUGUUUGAAUUUACAGUCCUAAUCUGUGAGGCACAGUGAAAGGAUGAGCUGACGUGGGGACUGAAAAACUUGGUUSUCAUCCCAUAUAGGGUAAUCUCUCUAACUAAAAAAUAAUUGAUUCCUUUUCUAUAAAAGAAAAGAAGAAAAAAGCUCAGAUUACUUAUUUGUGUUGUAAUGCGGUCAAACUGGCUUUUCUUUUACAAUAUCAAAAACUUACUGAAUCAUUAGGAUGGCAUUAAUUAGGGUAAAAAGAAGAUAAAAAGAGAGACCACAUUAAUUGAGUGAUAUACAAAUAAUACACUCCGUUAGUUCUGAAAAAUUGUCCUAGGAAUAGGAACAAGCUCUCUGUUUAAACAGCAUUGCACAGUGCAGGAUUUCUGUAAAGUACCAUUCACAUAUACUUGUAUUAAGAUUAUCCUCAACUUCUUGAAUGAUUUUAGAUUCCUUCCCAAAGAAAUGAAGUUYCUUACACCUUUCUUUUUGUUAUUGUUAUAUAUUGUGAUUAUUUUUAGCGGCACUAACCUCUCUCAUGUGGCAUAUCAUAGACAACAAAAUUCUGUAAAUGUCACAUACUUGCGUAUUAGGCAGCUACAAGGACUAAUUGCAUCGUUGGGGUUGUCUGAAAAUAUUUUUACAUCUUUUCAGAAGUGUGUUACAGAAUGAAAAAACAUAAAUCUAGUAGAAGUGACACAAGCUGWUAAGUUAUAAUAGACUAUUUUUAAACAAAAACUCUUAAGUCUUAUAURGUUAUUAUAUUAUAUACUGUAUAUUUUUCUCAAUUAAUUCGGUUACAUUAUUACCUGUAAAGAACUGUCCAGGAGGGCACCCUCACACCUGGAUGAGCACACAAACAGUGCCUUAAAAACCACUUUAAGAAAUUAUUUUUCUUCUU